AUGGAGCCUGAAGCCAGAAGAGGAGAAAGGCCCACCUAUAGGAAGCCAUAUCCGGCUUAUAUCGAUCAAAUACCUCUAUCCCCGAGUUUUAAGGUGCCAAACUUCACCUUAUUCAACGGAGAGGAUCCCCAUGCUUCAUCAGUUGAGCACAUAGGCAGCUUUUACUUGGUACACCAAUCUGCCAGCAAAUUUAGUUCAAACUUGGGAGCAGAUGGAGAGUGUUUUCCACGACAAACUUGGGAGCAGAUGGAGAGUGUUUUCCACGACUAUUAUUACAGGAUUCAGACAGAAGUCACCAUCAGUGACCUUGCAGCCCUCAAACAGAGUGAAGAUGAACCUGCUCAAGACUUCAUAACCAGGUUCAAGAAGCUCAAAAUGAAGUGCCGAAUCCCUAUGGAAGAAAGACACUUCAUCCAGAUGGCUCAAGCUGCCCUCAAGAUCUCUCUAAGAAAAAGAUUUGAUGGGAUGCUGUUUGGAGACCUGGCAGAACUGGCAGAUAAAGCAUCCAAGUAUGAGGAACUGCUUAGGGAAGAACAGCAGAAGAGGAACUCAUCCAAAGGCUCGUAUUACAAGUCACCUUCCUCUUCAGUACAUCUGGUUCAGGUAGAAUCAGAAGAAGAAGCAAAAUGCUCAAAGGAGGGAGAAGUUGCAGUAGCAAAAAUGGCAAAAUUGAAACAUCCCAUUAGUUGCAAAGCCCUUACUAAGCCACCAAAGGAUCAGAAGCCGCCACCUUUCGCAAGAGGGUUUAUUCCUUUGAUCUAA